AUGAUGCCAAGCAGUGGCAGUGGCAUCGGCCGCCCAGACUCAACGUCGAGGCCGCAAGAAAAUCCUGGAGCGAACGGGAAGAUUGCUCUGUACUCCCUAAUCCUGUACAAAUGGAGUCCCGAGAAGCCGAUUCAGCUCGCUACUGCGUUCGACCUGUCCAGUUUCCCCUUCUUUCAUCGUAGCACAAUGAAGGAACACAUCGUCUUUCACUCGAGGCUGAUCUGCGCUCGCACGCCCCUCGGUCGCAGACAAGUUGUUGAAUUUGAACAGAACAUCGGCCACUGCCACGUUUUCGUGCAUUCGUCGGGUCUCGCGGCGACGGUCUUAUCCACAGCAGCAUAUCCCAUGCGUGUCGCCUUCGGGCUCAUCACGCAGGCGCUCCGGGGAUUUCAAGAUAUCUACGCAGGGCAGUGGGAGAAUAUCACAGAUGACGUCAAGGAAGGGAUCAUGUUCAACAAAGAAGCAAGUGACCUGUUGAAGCUGUAUCAGAAUCCAGUGGAAGCUGACAAGCUGCUCAAAGUUCAGAGGGACCUCGACGAGGUGAAAGAUGUGAUGCUAAAGAACAUCGACGACUUGCUACAGAGAGGCGAGAAGCUGGAUGACCUCAUGCAGCGAAGUGAAGACUUAUCGAAUACGUCCUACCAGUUUUACCGUCAGGCAAAGAAAAACAAUCAGUGCUGUCAGCUUUACUAG